AUUAAUAACUUCUCUCCUCUGUUUUUGUACACUAAUCUUUCUCUUCUUUCUCUUCUUUCUCAUCAGAUUGCGUGUUGUUCUCCUCUUCUUUACGUAGAUUUCCCUGCUCCUGAAUUCGUUCUUGUCCAGUGGGUUGAGGAGGCGGCGGCGGAGGGAGAUAUGGAGGUCAAUAUUCCCAUAUCGCUGCUUGCGGCGGUGGUGGGAGGACUCCUCUUCGUGCGCCUUCUUCUCUCCAUCAAGUCGCUGAUCUUCUGGUCGCGCCGGUGGUUGCGCUGGGUGGAGGACCACACCCAGGCCUAUCAGAGCUUCGAAAUCCCGCAGCGCACCGAAAUCGGGGAAGAGGGCAACCCGCUCUACUGCCGGGCCGCUGCCUACCUCGCCGCCCUCCCCUCUCUCGAAGACUCCGACUCCGCCAUGCUCUUCUCCUCCGGCCGCAAGCCCAACGACUUCUUCCUGAUGCUCGGGUCCGGCCACUCCGCUGUUGACUCUUUCCUCGGCGCCCGCGUGUUCUGGACGAACGUCUCCGGUGACGGCGCUUCGCGCCUCGUCCUGCGGCUCCGCCGCCAGGACCGCACCCGCGUACUGCGCCCAUACCUCCAGCACGUCGAGUCCGUCGCCGACGACCUUGAACUGCGCCGGAGGGGUGUUCGCCUGUAUACCUUGUUCGGCGAAGGCCCGCGGUGGCGAUCCACGGCCUUCACCCACCCGGCGACCAUCGAGACGGUGGCCAUGGACGCGGACCUCAAGUCGCGUGUCCGCGCUGACUUGGAGUCCUUCCUCAAGGGUCGUGCUUACUACCACCGCCUCGGCCGGGUUUGGCGCCGAAGCUACCUCCUUUACGGUCCCCCCGGCACCGGCAAGUCCACCUUCGUCGCCGCCAUGGCCAAGCUCCUCUGCUACGACAUCUACGACGUCGACCUUUCCCGCGUCUCCGCCGAUGGCGCCGACCUGAAGGCGCUACUCCUGAGCACGACCCCCCGAUCGGUGAUCCUGGUGGAGGACCUCGACCUCCACCUCAAGGGGAACGGCGUGGGCGAGGAGGGCGAGUCGCGGCUCACCUGGAUUCUAAACUUCAUGGACGGCGUCUUCUCCUGCUGCGGCGAGGAGCGAGUGAUGGUGUUCACCAUGAACUCUGAGGCGGGAGGGAUGGAAGGGGUGGAACCGGCGGUGCUGCGGCCGGGGCGCCUCGACGUCCACAUCCACUUCCCUCUCUGCAACUUCACGGCCUUCAAGAUGUUGGCGAGCAGCUACCUCGGCCUCAAGGACCACAAGUUGUACCCGCAAGUGGAGGAGGUGUUCCAGAGCGGCGCCAGGAUCAGCCCCGCCGAGGUCGGCGAGAUAAUGAUCACCAAUCGCGCCUCGCCCAGUCGAGCAAUUAAAUCGGUCAUCAACGCGCUCCAACAUCACGCACCCUCUACCGCCGCCGUGCGUUUCGGCACUGCCUACAGCCUGAGGUUGAGCGACGACGGCACGUGGAGGCGGGCGGACGACUCAGGCAGCGACUCCGCCAACGGAGGCGCCAUGGGGCUCGGGAAGGAGUUCAAGAAGCUCUACGGGCUGAUCAAGAUGAGGAACGGCAGCAAGAAGGAAGGCGCCGUCACCGGCACCACGCCAAACCAAGUAGACAAGGAGCAUUCCUCGUUGAAGAACUAAAAACUUCCAAAUUUUUUUCUUUUUCAUGCAAAAUUCAAUCUUUUUUUUCCCUCUUUUUCUUUUGCUUUUUGAUUUGUAUGGAUGAAUACAAAAUUGGUAUUGGGGACUUGUAAGCGAAGCAACCAUUGAAUACUUGUGAAAACAUACUGUAAAUUCACUUGAAAAGUUUAUGCUUGGAAGACAAAACAAAUUGCA